AAUGGGACUCGUGAAACCCCGGCGAGGGACCAGAAAAAUUUCGAAAUCAGCUCGAGACGAUGGCGCUUCUGAGGCCGCCUCCUCUCCAGCUUCGCUUCGCUGCCCGCCGUCUCUUCUCCUCUCCGGCCCUCUUCUCUCGCCCCUCGUCUCUCCCCUCGUUACCUCGCUCCCGUUCCCGGCUCUUCCUCAGAACCAGAAUCUCGAGCAUCCGCCCACGGAGGAAUGGAGUGGGAGUGAGGGCUUUUAUGUCGUCAAGCAUUACUGCGGAGGCGCUUCAAGAGAAAGCCCGGUCACAAGCCUACGGCUCCGACCAGAUUCAGGUUUUGGAAGGGCUAGAUCCAGUUCGGAAGAGACCUGGAAUGUAUAUUGGGAGCACUGGACCCCGUGGCUUGCAUCAUUUGGUAUAUGAAAUAUUGGACAAUGCCAUUGAUGAAGCUCAAGCAGGUUAUGCCUCGAAGAUUGAUGUAGUUUUACAUGAGGAUAAUUCCAUUCCUACGGACUUACAUCCCGUGACAAAAAAAUCUUCCUUGGAGACUGUUUUGACGGUUUUACAUGCUGGAGGGAAAUUUGGUGGUUCAAGCAGUGGAUAUAAUGUCUCUGGUGGAUUGCAUGGUGUGGGCUUGUCUGUUGUCAAUGCCUUAUCUGAGGCACUAGAAGUUACAGUGUGGCGUGAUGGGAAGGCAUACCAACAAACCUAUUCUCGUGGGAAACCAGUGACAUCUUUAACUUGUCACCUUCUGCCAGCUGAAUCAAGUGCUCGUCAGGGGACAUGUAUCAGGUUUUGGCCUGAUAGAGAUGUAUUCACUACUUCCAUGACUUUUGAGUUCAACACAAUUGCUAGCCGCAUACGGGAACUUGCUUUCUUGAAUCCUGAGCUUACAAUCACUCUGACAAAGGAGGAAGGAGACUCGAAGGUCCAAUAUAAUGAGUAUUGCUAUGCUGGUGGCUUGGUAGAGUAUGUGAAAUGGUUAAAUACAGAUAAGAAACCACUUCAUGACACUGUAGCUUUCAGGAAAGAGGUAGAUGGAAUCACAGUUGAUGUAGCCCUCCAGUGGUGUUCUGAUUCAUAUACUGAUAUGAUGCUGGGGUAUGCUAAUAGCAUCCGUACAAUUGAUGGCGGUACCCAUAUAGACGGGAUGAAGGCUUCAUUAACUAGAACAAUCAACAACCUUGUGAAGAAGUCCAAGGCAAUUAAGGAAAAGGACAUUAGCUUAAGUGGUGAGCAUGUAAGGGAAGGACUAACUUGUAUUGUAUCCGUCAAGGUUCCGAACCCAGAAUUUGAAGGACAAACAAAGACAAGGCUAGGAAAUCCCGAAGUUCGAAGAGUGGUUGAUCAAUGUGUUCAAGAGCAUCUUACUGAGUAUUUGGAGCUGCAUCCGGACACAUUAGAUUCAAUUCUCUCUAAAUCUCUUAAUGCUCUCAAGGCUGCAAUGGCAGCCAAGCGGGCUAGAGAAUUGGUGAGGACAAAAAGCGUCCUGAAAUCUUCUUCCCUUCCUGGAAAACUAGCUGAUUGUUCAUGUACAAAUCCUGAAGAAUCUGAAAUCUUCAUAGUUGAAGGUGAUUCAGCAGGUGGUAGUGCAAAGCAAGGUCGUGAUAGGAGAUUUCAGCCACAGACAGCCUAUGAUUCAUAUGGAUACAGAUAUGGAUAUGGUGCAUUUGAGGCAUCUUUCGGUGGCUACUAUUCUACACAGCUCGAAAUAUUUUACGGGUUGGAUUUUUGCGCCGGCAUAUUCGGAUGGGCCUCUCUAUGGCCGUAUUAUCAGCCAGAGGACAUCUCUCAAAGCCAGAACUUUAGCGAGAGAUCUGAGAGUGCUUAUAAUCAGACGCGCGUUCCUUAUCGGAUGAACAUAUAA